UUCAGCCUCUACAUAUAAUGCUUAAAAUGGCCAAUGAUGAUUUAUUAUGUAUUUCAGUUCUGCAUUACAUUACUAUUAAUUAUCCUAAAACUGCAGGAAAAAAAGUUAGAUAGAAGAAUAGUUAGAAAUAAGCCUUUAUUAAAUAGGAAGAGGUGAACUAUCCCGGCCAUUUAUAACUUCUGUUUUUACCCGUGGCACAGUUGAUACCACAAAGAAGGGUGGGCAUCACAAAGAAGAUAACUUUCAAUCUGAAUCCUGUUAGGUGACAGAAUGAUGAUGAACCACUCAAACCAAACAGAAGACGGCCUCUUCUCCUGCUACAGUCCUUCAGUCGUCGGUUACCGGUACUUUGCUGUGGCCUGGGGAUGUGUUGUGACCAUCAUCGGUACGGUGGGGAACCUGAUGACCAUUCUGGCUUUCGCCAUAGACUCACGUCUGAGGACUCGCUUCAAUGUGCUCAUCGUCAACUUGGCUAUAGCUGAUCUCCUGUACUGCAGCAUAUUGCAGCCCAUAUCAGUUGACUCCUAUCUACACCUCAGAUGGCGCAGUGGUCAGCUCUGGUGCAGUAUCUUCGGCCUGCUCCUCUUCCUCUCUAACUCUGUCUCCAUUAUGAGCCUCUGUCUGGUGGCAGUAAGCCGAUAUCUCCUGGUCACAAAAAGGGCUGUGUUUGACCGUGUCUUCUCUGACUGGGGUCUUACAUCACUCCUGGUCUCAACGUGGGUCCUGGGCCUGGCCAGCUUUGGCCCACUCUGGCCUGUUUAUGUGUUCGUGCCACAGGUGUGCACAUGCGGCAUCCAUCGCACCAGAGGUCGCCCCUACAGCACCAUCCUUCUCUUUUUUUACCUUUUUGGUGGUCUGGGCUGUGUUGGGUUUUUCUACCUCCUCAUUUACAAACGUGUCCAGAUUGCAGCACAAGCUCUGCUCCGCUACAGGCCAAGCCGCCGGUCCUCCAGAAAGAAACCAUCUUCUUUAGCACAAGGGACUGAUGAUAGUGGUGUCGAGAGUGGCGUGACAAAGACAUGUAGCUGUGAGGUGAGCAGCCAGGAGGAUAGAGGCAAACAGACGGAGGAGAUCACUCGUGAAACAUCCUCAGAAUCUGUCCAGAGGUCUGCCAUGGCCCUCAGAAGUUCAUCAGCAAUCAAGUCUCCCCCUGAUGUCGUCCAGACAUCACCUUUAUCCUCACCUGCUCCCACCACUGCAGCACCCUCCUCCACCCCAGGAACUUCAGGAGAUGAUGAUGAUGAAUUCAAGCGUGUACGUAUGUGCUUCAUUGUUUUUCUGUGUUUUGUGUUCUGCUUUGUCCCCUACCUGUUGCUCAACAUCGCCGACAAACACAACCGUGCCCCGCAGUUACUGCACAUGUUCUGUUCAAACCUCACCUGGCUGAACAGCUGCAUCAACCCUGUGCUCUAUGCUGUCAUGAACCGGCAGUUUCGACGGGCCUACCAUUUGUUGCUCAACAGGGCUGUUGCACCAUUUACCUGCCUCUGGACCUAGUGGUCACCUCUCAGAUCCUAAACUCCUGGAGCUUAAACAUGCCUGAUGUAAACCCAGAGAAAUAGUAUUCACUUGAAACAACACAGACAAUAGUACCGCUAUCAACUUGUUGGUUGCAUUUAGAAAUGCACCAAUACUGACAUUGGAUAUCAGUCAGAUACUGACACAAUAGCUCAGAUAUUAGAUCAGAUAUUGGUUAUAUGGGGCAAUCUGGUAUCAGGAACAAUUAUUUGAAUAUAUAACAAUUCAGCAAAUAUAUAUAUAUAAAUAUGUUAUAUUUUGUUUUACAAAGUGAGGAAAGCAAUGUUUAAGUCAAGCCUGAUGUAGCUUUACACAUGCUUCCACACUGUUGAGGCAUACAGCUUCAUGAUUAGGCACUGGUACCGGUAUUGACACUCGGCAUGCUGAUACACGAAGCUCAGGUAUCUGUAUUCAUACCUGUAUAAAUUAGAUAAAUGCAUCCCUUGUUAAGUUGAAUGACAAAAAUGCUAUACUCUAUUAUUUCACAACCUCCAUGUUUUACUAUAUUCUUGUUUGUUUUUUGACAAAAAUGUACAAUAUCACUUUAUGUGUAAUUUUAUGAAUGGAAUAAAUUAUAUUUCGUAAUGCAUAAUC